AUCAUCUUUCUUUUGGUCUUCAUCGUCGCCAUCAGUACAACGACUGCGGGUUUCGGUUUUGAUUCGGCCAACUCGUGUAGCACACAAGGAACUAAACUAUCGCGACGUGGAAGAGCACAAAUGUUAGCCACCAUACCGUGCGAUCUGACACGACAAGCCUACUGUCAUCUACCCGGUUCGGCAUAUCCUUGGCAUGCAGUACGUCGUUUUGUGCACGAAAACCAUGGACUCAUGAAACGCAUGUAUGGCGAUGUGAAACAUAUUUCAGUGUUGCGCGACGAGAUACUCAACAACGAGAUCGAUGUGGAUGAUGUCGAAGUGGCCGCCGAACGUUACUCGAAGGAGCCGCAUAGAGCACGCGCGGCCAAAUAUAUGCAAGCACCGCGCGAGGAAUUUAGUAGUAUUAAAAACAAUGAUGUGGUGAUGGAACCGCAUUUUCGACCGGUCUCCUCAACAACAACUACAACGACAGCCGUACCGGACGAAACUGGCAGUACAACCAGUGAGGUUACCGUAGUGGAAGCGAAAAUGGAAGCCGAAGAACGUCCAGUGAAAAUUCCGAAUGGCGCACUAAGACGUAGAAUUAACGGCAAUCCAAAUGGUGGUGGAAAUAGACGACGCAUCAAUGUUUAUGUUAACCGUAAUAGACCGACACAUUCGUCAUUACGCCGACGCACGACUACAACAACUACCACAGCAGAACCGCCGCCGCUAGUGGAAAAUGUAGAACAACCUGAAGAGUUAGUGUUACACGAAGAAACUAUACUCGAAAUACCCGAAGACGAUGGUAAUCUUGCAUCGAACAGUGUCUACGAGAUACCCACACUACAGGACGCGUCAAUAAAUAUGGGCGACAACAUACAGAUCGUCGAAUCACCACAACUCGGACAAAUGCAAAAACCAUUGACAGAAGGAAGAAAUAAUUCCGAGACAGCCACCAUAUCGACCACACUUAAAGUGGUUUCCACGCUGGCAACCAAGGUGAGACCGGCAGCCGGUGCAAUACCGGCCUCACCGGCGCCGGUGGCGCCCACACCACUGCAACAACAACUUAAAACACAAGUGGAACGUCAACGACCUGGCCAACAGCCAACACAAAAACUCAAACUGCAACAAGUGAAUAAACCGCUGCCAACAAAUGCCGAUACGAGCGCCAUAAAAGAAAGUUCGAUAUUAAAAUCAAAACCAACCAACGAAAGUGAACGUACACAAAGCGCCACGGCAAUAGCACCCGUCUACAAUAACAACAACAGCGCCGCAACACAAGCCUUGAAAGCGGCGUACGACGAUACAGACGUCACAACAGACACCGAUAAUGAGCCGACGCUGUCAAGCAUUGGCGCUACGAACGCCGCAACGGACAUCACAGCAACCGUAACGGCAACAGCGACGGCAGCCGCAACAUUAGCAAGCAAUGCACAGCUGAAAUAUGAGCUGACUAAAAAUAAAUAUCAAUAUAAUAACGGUGAGAAUAAAGCCGAUCUGCCGGCAGUGACAACAAUCGAACAGACACCAUCAACCACAGACGCAACGAGGUUUACAUCUACGCAAGCCGAACUGUCUUCGGCUGCUAAGACUACAAGCUCGCCAAGUGUGGCAACAACCGGUGCAGAGGCAGCACCGUCAGCUCCACACACUGAACUGUUUGCCAGUGAGAAAAUUCAGAGACCACAAUUGGCGCCGCUACAAACAGCGCAAGCUGCGCCAACGCAGACUACGCCAGUCAGUGCUACAGCGGCUGCGUCAACGAAACCAGUGCUGCGCGAUGGCCAAUUGUAUCAAGAUGCGCUAAAGCAAGAGGUGAAACCGGGUCCCAAUAUGCGCGGCAUUAAUGCCUGUCCCGUAAAGGAAGAAGUGGUCGCGCCCUUUUGGGCCAACAAUACACGCGGUGAGGUGUUGGCACUCCUAAAUCUCUACCCCUUCGAGCAGUAUGUGCAUUGGGAGAAAUGCACGCAUGAAAAUCGACAGAUGUAUUGUCGAGAGGGUUGCCGCUGUGAACAACAAUAUCGUCUACAUCGUUUAUUAGCCUACGAUCCGCACAAUGAAUGUCGCGGCAUAUUCUCCGAUUGGUUUCGUUUUCCCUCAUGCUGUAUCUGUAAAUGCUAUGGCAUACCGUCAGAGUUUCGCGCCACAUCGCGUAGUCCACGUUCCGAACGUAUGGAUGAUUUUGAGACUAUGGCUGAAGAAAGGGAUUUCGACGAUGAUAAUGAUGACGCGCAAGCAGCAGAUUCAAUGGAAUCGGUAAAAGACCAACAGUCGCAACAUCCGCUUGAUGUUGCUGAGCAAUUGGUGAGACAAGCGAUCUACGAACAUGCAACCGAGGAUUGGUAUCGACCUAAGGAUGAGUUCGAUUUUUAUGAAGGUUAGAUUUAGUGCAUGAUGGCAACAAAGACAGUUGAACAAAGCCAAUGAAAUCAUAUUACUGGAGUUUUGUGAAAAUGAGUUAAAGCUUUCAAUAUAAAAUUAGUCGUAAAUUAACUGUGGAAAUAAGUGAUUUGAAAGUUAAAACGUAAAAGGCAGUGACAAUAAAAUGUUGGCUAUAAAUUUUGUGCAGGUAUACAUAUAUAAAACUUUGUCUUACUUACCAAGACUGCGUGUAGAGGAACUUUGAAGACCUGAAAAAAAGUAAAACAGAGUUAUUAGAAUUCUAACAAAGGAAAAUACUUAAAAGUUUUUGAGAAAAGUUGAGUUCUUUAUGUCUUAUUAAGUUGAAUUCUAUGCUAUUAAGUGAGGUUUAGUUAAUUGAUGAGCUGAAACUAGUACUGACUAAGCCGGUCUAACUUAUCCUAAUAACAUGUAUCUUUUUUGGUUGAUUCUCUGGGAAAUGUGAGGUUAGAACUUCAGAGAAUAAUGACCGUUCAAACGAAAAAUCACCUAUAAUUCGACACAAAAAUUUGAAAAUUCAGAUAAUUAGAUAUAAUCGACUAAUUGGAAAAUCAUCGUAUUUUUGCUGAGGUUUCGAAAAUGUCUAAUCUGUAUUAGCAUAAAGAGUUAUCUAACUCUAAAACAAACGAACACUGCACUAGGUCAUUUUUCGAAACAUUUUCUAGGAGAAGACGAUCUCCGGAUCUCGGAAACAACGUUCCAUUUGAGUAUUUCUCCAGCAGUGUUUUGAGCCCUUUUUUCCAUAAACCCUACAGUUAUCGCCAGUCUUCCAUUUUCUUUUGUAAUCGCGUGAAGGUCUAAGUACUAAUCUUUUGACUCGAAAAAAUAUCUGAAAACCGUGUAAACUUUUUUCAACUUUGAAUCAGAAAAUCAGGCGUCUUGUAAGUGUAUAAAACCACGCUGGCCUUUUACAACACACAUUUACUCAGCAGAAUUCAGCUUUUAACUUUCGUAAUCUGCGGUGUACUUUAUUGAAUAUAGCCUAGGUUCGUCAAAAGCUCCGAAACUUCAAAAUAACUUGACCAACUUACAACUGACGAAGAAAUAGCCAGUUAUAAUAGUGCUAAUCGAUUGGCGACUAACCGAAAGCCAUUAAAUACCAUAAUUGAUUUAGAGAGUUUGAUUUUACUUGUAACAAUAUUUUUUUUAACUCCGAUUUUACUCGUGCACUGAAACAUCAACUCCAGAAUAUGAUUUCCAUUUUAGUUACAAAAAUAAUGUUUGCCUAUUCUAAUUUUUAU